UUCAAAAGUGAUAAAAACAAGUACACCCAAAAUACCGCUGAAAACGUAAAUAAACGUUCAUAAAAGAGUCCUCCGGUGUGGUAACCUAGCAACAACUUAGCAAGUUACCAAGGAGACACGGUGAAGACUGACCCCACCGGCUACUAAAUGAGAGGCGGAGGGGAAGUCCCUCCUGACCGUGGUAUGAAAUACAAGAGUUUGGGAUUCGAACCAUCGUCUGCCUUUUUUCUGCAACUGCAACUCAGCCCCGGAUAUAGCAGCAGAUUGAUGGAGAAGAAUGGCCCGCAUCUCUCUGGCCUGCACCACCUCGUCUCCAGGGAUUCCCCUCAGCGUGCUGUCGGUGCCCAUGGAAAAUAAAUACAAAUGUCAGCAGUGUCACCUGGUGCUGAGGAAGCCCGUCCAGGCUCAGUGCGGCCACCGCUUCUGCGUGCACUGCUUCAAGGAGCUCACCAGCUCCGGCCCGAAGCCUUGUGAAGCCUGCAGACAGGAGGAGAUAUACGAGGAGCCUAUUUCCAUUCUGAACAGUGACGAGGCGUUCCCAGACAAUGCUGCAGGUCGAGAAAUCGCCAGUCUGCCGGCCAGGUGCUUCAACCAGGGCUGCACCUGGACGGGGUCCAUCAAGGAGUACGAGUCCCAGCACGAAGGCCAGUGCGAGUUCGACCGGGUCCAGUGCGACGCCUGCAAGCAGUCCGUCCUCCGCUCGGACCGCGACCGCCACAACGAGCGCGAGUGCGAGGCCCGGAGCCUCAACUGCAAGUACUGCAAGAUGACCUUCAACUACAAAGACAUCAAGGCCCACGACGAGAUCUGCGUGAAGUUCCCCCUGCAAUGCAAAGACUGCGGCAAGAAGAAGAUCCCCAGAGAAAAGUUCAGCGAACACACCAAGUCGUGCGCCAAGUCCCGGAGCGCCUGUCCCUUCAGCGAACUGGGCUGCAAGGCCAUGAUCGAGAACGGCAAGCUGAGCGACCACGAGCACGGCAGCACCGUGGAGCACCUGCGCCUGCUGCUGCUGACCGUGAGCCGGGCGCGCACGGAGCCCAGCGGCGCCGGCGAGUGGCAGGAGGACUCCGGCCUGGGCCUGUACCGGGCUCCUGAGGAGGGAGCCUCCAUGGGAACCGGCGCCGCCGCCGCUGCCGCCACCGCCACGCAGUCCCUGGAUCUAGAGAAGAAAGUCAGCGCCCUGGAAAACAUCGUGUGCGUCCUGAACCGGGAGGUGGAGCGCAGCUCGCUGACGAUGGAGGCGUUCUCCCACCAGCACCGCCUGGACCAGGAGAAGAUCGAGAACCUGUCCAACAAGGUGCGGCAGCUGGAGCGCACGCUCACCAUGAGGGACCUGCAGCUGUCCGAGACCGAGCAGCUGGUGCGCGAGCUGCAGCUCUGCACCUACGACGGCAUCUUCGUCUGGAAGAUCGCCGACUUCUCCCGGCGCCGGCAGAACGCCGUGGUCGGCCAGGCGCCGGCCAUGUUCUCACCAGCCUUCUACUCCAGCAAGUACGGCUACAAGAUGUGCCUGCGUCUGUACCUGAACGGCGACGGCACGGGCCGCGGGACGCACCUGUCGCUCUUCUUCGUCGUCAUGAAGGGGAAGUGCGACGCGCUGCUCAAGUGGCCUUUCAGUCAGAAGGUGACCCUGAUGCUCCUGGACCAGAACAACCGGGAGCACAUCAUCGACGCCUUCCGGCCCGACGUCACCUCCACCUCCUUCCAGAAGCCCAUCAGCGAGAUGAACAUCGCCAGCGGCUGCCCGCUCUUCUGCCCGCUGGCCAAGCUGGCCGGCAAGAGCCCCUACCUGAGGGACGACACCAUCUUCAUCAAAGCCAUCGUCGACCUGACGGGCUUGUGAGGUGCGCUGUGGAAGCGGCACCGACGAACACUCAGAAUAACCAGAGGAGGAGGAGGAUUCAGCUAAACAUGGUGAAGAUAGAGCGCUUAUUAUGAAUAAUAAUUAUAUCUGGAGGCUAAAGGAGCAGACUUGGGAUCAGGUCUCUUCAGAAACAGAAAUCAGUAAAUCAUAAAUAUAUAGCCUUAUAAUAACACAUAAAUAUAAGUAAUAUAUUAUAUACAUGCAUUAUGAAGAACAGCUGUUCACUCAGCUGUCAUCCUUAUAUGACUCAUAUAUCAAAUAUAUUUCCAUACAUAUCUCUUUAAUAUUCAGGUGAAUGAUACUAAUCAGAUACUGUGUGGAUUCAAUCUAUUAUUUUAAAACAACAGCGUCUUUGAUUACUGAUCUGUAUUAAAAGCAAGUCCUCUGCAUGUUAUUCAAAGCCUUUUAUAAUCUAACAUACACUUGAAGCAUAAAUAUAUUUCCAGGGUGACUUUUCUUCAUGUAGGUCAUUGAAGGUGCAGGGUGGCGGGUGGAGCAGUGCCGCUGGUGAGCAGUAGGUGUCAGUGUUGAGUUCAGACCUGUUAUAUUUCACUUGGUGGGUUCAGAGUUUUCGCAGCCCGCCUGUUAGCGUGCUAAUUCAGUAGCCACAGCGAUGGCACAACUUUUAUUUCACUACUUCAAAUACGUUAGAUUUAAAGAACAUCUGAACAUGUUUUUGUAGAGUCGAAGCUGAAAAACUAUUUAACAUCUAUGCCUUAUUCCCUCUUUAUUCCAUGUAAAAUAUCACAGAAUAAAAACUAAAAUAAGACAGAAAACUGUGUCCUAAAUAUUGUUCAGAUCAGGGGAGUUAAAAUGUAAACUUUUAAAGUUUUAGUUCCUGGAGACGGAGCGUGAAAUUGAGGUUUCAGGUUCCAGACUUCAUGAUUUCUGGAAACGGGGCGUGGAAGCGGCGACAGAUCCCGACCUGCCGGACGCCGCAGAUCCUGUUCCGCUGGGCGUCGUGCCCCACGUCGUUCCAGGAAAGACAGCCGUCACUUGUCAACGGCCCAACCGAAAUGUCAGCGGGUGGAAAUGUGCAGUUAGUCAGUAUACACCGCCUUGUGGUCCAGAGUGGUACUGCAAGACGAAAACAAUAAAAAAAAUUAUCUGAAAUAACAGAAGCGAGGUUUAGAUCAUUUAGUAUUGCAUAUUGUAACUUUUUUUUUAACUGUUUCUUUGAUUUUAAAUAGCAGUUGAAGUUGUAAGAAAGUGAAAUUGCAUAAAGGAGAAUGUUUUUUACACCUAUGUUCCACUUGAAAAUGGUGAAAAUAAGCUUUUCUGUGUGCAGGAAAGUCCCACUGCAGCCAUCUGAUAUGAACCACGGCGUGACACCGU